AGUCAGCACAGAGUUGUACGCUAGCAUUCAUGGCCAGGGAGGUGCACGGCAGGGAGGCUUUUGCCUCUCUGUCUCCCCUCUUUUCGUUUCUCUGGAUCGCGGGUUUUCCUCCACACCGCAGCAUGCCCAAUUUGCUCUUUGCUGAAGAGAAAAUGGAGGCACAAAAGCUAGAAAAGCAAACUGGAAAAUGGAACUUUUUAUAGCUUAUUAUUUCUGGUACCGGUUACAAGACAACGACGCCAGGUGACGGGGGGGGGGGGGAGAAAAGGUAAGCGUCGUGACAGUAGCGUAUAGUAUUACAAGUCACAGAACUCAAGCUGUGUGAGUGUUUCCUGUUGCGGGCAGACAGGAAGUACUCGGCUUAGUUGGAUUUCACGGUGUCUCUUGGUCCUCCGCUUGCUCUCUGCAAACGUCUUCUUGCUGAGUAGACCGCUCCCUUAUGGCAAAAGGUCUGUGCAGACAUUAUCGAAGAGUUCUGACACUUUGAUGGCCUAGUUCUAAGCUACGUGGACGUCUCGAAUGGGUUUGAGCUGUGCAUUAUCAACGUGGAAGACUGCUCAUGCGAUCGUAACACACUGGAACCAAAGAGGGAGACUUUUGGGUUGUUUCUGACUGGUCCUUGAACAAACAUCCUUGAAGAACCUCAAAUGUAUCCAGAAGAAGACCUUUUGUCGUUGGAUGGGAAGACAUAGAGGGAGCAUGUCAUUGACCGUAAACUACUUUGGCACGAAUGCUUCCGUUAACUUCAAAGAAGCAAACCAAGAAUACACAAAAACUAUAUUUGGCGAGAUACAUGCAUCCAUCGACACUUUGGCAUUCACGUUCGGCAAUGUAGUUUCUGACUUCCUUAUGGGAGAUGUGGACAGUGGCUCAGGGUUGGGGACCCCCCAGACCAGGAGAAGCAGGUCUUUUGACAACCUCUCCGUGGAUCCUGAGGGAUACGCUUCAGAGAAAAAUGACCUUGUGGGCCCGGAGGUGUCGCUCACGCGGGAGGAAGAGGUUGACCUGACCCUCUUGAAGAAUGACAGCGGUGUGGAGUCAGCUCUUCUCUACGCCAAAGCCUGGUCCAAAUAUAUCAAAGACCUCCUGGCCUGGAUGGAGAAGCGGCUGGCAAUGGAUAUGGAGUAUGCCAAAAGCUAUGCAAAAAUGGCUGAUUCUGCUAAGCAGUUGGUUAGUCAACAGGUGUUUAUGCCAUUCAGCGAGGUCUACAUUUCUACAUUCAAGAACGACAUUGAAUCCAAUCAGCUGCUCAUUCAAACUGCAACGGCUCUGCAGACGAAUAAAUUCAUACAGCCUCUUCUGGCCCGUAAAAAUGAACUCGACAAGUUGAGGAAAGACCUCAAGGAGCAGUGGCAGAGGGAACAAAAAAAAAUGCAAGAGGCAGAUGCGACCGUGCGCAAGGCGCGAGUACUGAAGGGCCAGAGGCGCGAGGAGUACCAGAAAGCCCGUUCAUCCACCAACCGCUCCCAGGAGGAGCAGUCCAAUGCUGCUAACAAACAGCUGGAGAAGAAGAGGAAGCUGGAAGAGGACGCUCUGCAGAAGGCGGAAGAAGCCCGGGACCAGUACCAAACCUGUAUGGCUGACGCAGGCGUCAGGAGAAUGGAUCUGGCCAACGCCAAGAGCACCAUCCUCACACAAAUCCGAGAGAUGGUCUUCCAGUGUGACCUCACAUUAAAGGCUGUGACAGUGAACUGGUUUCAGAUGCAGCAGGCUCAGAGCGCGCCGCUCCCCACCCACUACCAGGCCCUCAGCGAGAGUACCAAGUUGUAUGAACCGGGAGAAUGUUACGCUGAGUUCGUCCGGAAUCUGCCCAGAAAUCUGCCCAAAGAACGUGUGCACUUAGACUCCACCUCCUCUGACAAUACCAGGUUUGUGUUGAACAAAAGGUCCGUGGGCAGCAUGCAUUCCUCCCACGGCAACUUAUCUCAGGGAUCCAUCGCCUCCUGCGACGUGUUGAGCGGCGACGAAGCGGACAGUCCCCUCCACCUGCCUGCAAAGAUCAGCCAGCGGAUGUCCAACAGCAGCACGGACAUACAAGCCCUGAGAAGCCAGACCACUUUGAGAACCUGGGCCUCAAGCAGUCAAGGCAGCCAGGGCGCGAUGUGCAGCGACUCAGAGAGUGCUGGAGGCAGCAGCGAGUCAAGAUCCAUGGACUCCCCCACUGCCAGUCCAGGUGUCUUCAAAAGACGGCUGCCGAGGACUCCCUCCACUGGGACCAUGUCUUCUGCUGAUGACUUGGAUGAGAGAGAGCCGCCCUCGGACAAUGGUUUGGCAGAGAUGGUGACGGAGACGGCCAGUUCUCCAGGUCCCUUCCGGAAUGCUCAGAUGUCCAAAGCCGCCCAAACCCAUAAGCUGAGAAAACUACGCGCCCCGUCCAAGUGCAGAGAGUGUGACAGUUUGGUGGUUUUCCAUGGAGCCGAGUGUGAGGAGUGUUCGCUGGCCUGCCACAAGAAGUGUCUAGAGACGCUUGCUAUCCAGUGUGGCCAUAAAAAGCUGCAGGGCAGACUACAGCUGUUUGGGAUUGACUUUGCCCAAGCAUCAAAGAACAGCAUGGACGGAAUCCCUUUCAUCAUCAAGAAGUGCACGUCUGAGAUUGAGAGUCGAGCCCUCAACAUCAAGGGGAUUUAUCGUGUGAAUGGGGCCAAAUCGCGUGUCGAGAAGCUUUGCCAGGCGUUUGAAAAUGGGAAGGACUUGGUUGAGCUGUCGGACCUUUCACCCCAUGACAUCAGCAACGUCCUCAAACUCUACCUGAGACAGUUACCAGAGCCAUUGAUCCUGUAUCGAUACUACAACGACAUUAUCGGCUUGGCCAAAGAGUGCCAGAGAGUGAUUGUUGAGGAGGCUAAAAAAACGCAGAGCACCCCGCUGGGGGAGAAGGGGGAGGCGAGCAUCCAGCUCAACAGGGUCAUUUUCAAGAUCAGAGACCUUCUCCGCCAGCUGCCUACAGCCAAUUACAAGACUCUGCGUUUCCUAAUUGCGCACCUAAACAGAGUGACGGAGCAGGCCGAGGAGAACAAGAUGACGGCGAGUAACCUGGGCAUUAUCUUUGGCCCCACGCUGGUCAAGCCGCGCCUGGCAGACGCUGAGGUGUCCCUUUCGUCCCUGGUAGACUACCCUUACCAGGCCCUGAUGGUGGAGUUGCUGGUGCGACACUUUCAGACAGUCUUUGACGUGUCGCCUUUGCGCAACUCUGAUAACGCCGUCACUGGCCAGGCGUCGCCCAGACUCACCCCCUUAGAGAAGCUGCAGCGGCUCAGCAGGCACUCCGCCUCCCUCAUGGACUUCAAAGAGAGUUCCAAAGUGUACAAAAGAUACUCCUCAGUAAUCCCGUCCUCGCACAUCAUGGACGAGGUGCAGCCGGGAGCAAACAGCGCAGAGGUCUCUGCCCUGGACAGACUCAACGGGAAGCCGUCGCCAAGUGAAGGAGACGUCCAGAGGUCGACCUUAGUGUUUGGCCGCCCCAGCACCACCGUUCCCUCCGCCACCGCUGUGGCGCCGAGGGUCCAGCUACGCGCCCAGCGCAGCAGACAGGUGUCUCGACCGAUCAGCAUGCCGCUAGAACGCCUGCCCAACCCCGCCCAGAUCAGCGAGAGGAAUCACCGCAACGGUGCCACCAAAGAUGAGGCGAGCUCCGCUGAGCGGGACUCCAUCUCUGAAACCAUACAGGAGAUCCCAGAGCCGGAUAAGGCUCACCACAGUGGCUCGUCGAGGGUCAGCACCUACUACAUCACUCCUUUCUUUGACACACAGACAGUGCAGAGGAGGACGUGGGACAGGAAGUACAAGCACUAUGAUGUUACACCCAGGACUGCCAUGAUCGUGGCCAACCUGCCGUCUGCCUGCUCUGGAGUACAACCUGUGAAGGCAACGGCGGCGGUCCCGGCGACCACUGCCUCCGUGACCCCCGCCACAUGCGGUGCGAGCACGGUAUUCUCCAUCAACCCCCCCUACACAGCGUCGGUCAAGCCUGGCUGGACCUCUAAAAGGGAAAACGACGCAGACUAUUCGGUCGGUAAGUCGUGCAUCUCACCGACCCAAAUGUUGACGCUAAGGGCGCCGCGGACUCUGCAGCCGCCCCCUGGGACUUUCUAUAAGCCCCCCGUGUCCAUGAGCAGCAGAGCCAGGACGCUUCCAAACCGGACUACAACCGUGACCACCACCACCUCAUCGCUCGCCCCCACCCACUCCGCCCAGGUAGUCACCCUGCCCUCUGCCCCAGCAAGCCCCCCACAGACACAGGACCCCACCGGCAGCGUCGUGGACCCCACCGGCAGCGUCGUAGCCCCCGGGGUCUCGACCCUCGCCAGCCUUUCUCCCCCGCAGUCCCCUCCCCCCAGCAGCCCCGAGGACCUCAGCCCCAGCGAGACCAAACCCGUCUACCAAAGACUGCGACCUCGGCAGAUGCAGGAGCUUGAGCGCAGAGAGGCCCAUUUCGUUUGACACCAAAAACCAUAUUAUACCUGUAAAUAGUAAUGUAUCUGUGCCAUAAUGUAUCCAGUGGAAAACAUAUUUUUUAUUUUUUUUUAUCAUACAAGCUGAGAGCGGGAGACAUUUUGGCCUCCGAAAUGAAACCAUAAAGUGUUACAAGUACUAAUAUAUUGUAUUUUACAUGUUCAAGUCAAAAGGAGCACAGUGGUUGGUCUACCAAGCAAUCAAAGCAAACACAUGUGUAAGUGUAAAGCAAACCGUAACAAGAUAAAAAACAAACAAAUUGAUAUAUUUCUGUAAAGAAUAGUCCUGCCGAUCAUUUUCGUUGUCUUAAUUGAACCUAUAAGUUCAUGUACAAUGUCUGAUUUGUUAUAAAAUAAUACUUUAUUGAAUCACACAAUGCACUUAACAGAGGUUCAAAUUCUAAUUGUUGCCUUAAAUGUUCAAAUUUGCUACAUUUUGUAUUUUAUUUGGAGGUAUUUUUAACAUGAGAUUUUCAACUUGAAAGAGUUCAACAGCUUUACCUUUUUUUAAUUGGUCCCUUGUUGCCUGUGAUUGGUACAUCUUUUCUCCGUAUGUAUCUGUUUACGUUUUUUAUACUCCUUCAUACACACUGCAUGUUCGUCCCAGUUGUUUUGUCUCAUCGCAUUCUUGCGACUAUACAGAAGAAAAAUGACAAGCAACAGUUGUUGCUGCAAAUUAAAAAUGUAGUUCCAACUUUGCAA